AUGAGAUCAUCUUUGAAUGCCGCAUAAAAAGAAAACAAUACAGAAUGCAGAGCACAGCCCUGCUGCUCCAACCUUGAAAAGCCUGUGAUAUCUAAUAUCCAAACAAGAUCUGCUACUGUUUCAUGGAAUCUGAACAGUACUGAAAAAUGUGAUCAUAUUAAUUCUCCUGUGACAUUUGAACUGGCACUAUCUAGCGAUGGUAAAAAUGAAAUCUACAAAAGCAUGUAUAAUGGUAAUGAGGGUACUGUGGCCCUACAUCAUCUCCAGCCCUACACAGUCUACUUUUUAAGAGUUACAACCAUAAGAGAUGCACAGCACAGAAAUGUGUCUGAAGUGGUUAGUUUCACAACACGUGGCUGUGAACCGGACCCUCCAUUUGCACCCAAACUAAUUAGCAGAACCAUGAACAGCCUGAACCUGCAGUGGAAAGGUUCCAAAGACAAUGGAUCCAAAAUAAGCAGCUUUGUUUUGGAAUGGGAUGAGGGUAAAGGUGAAGAGUUCAAAAUUUGCUACAGUGGUCCCAUGAAACAGCACGAGAUAUUUAAACUGACCGCUUCUACGAAGUAUGCGUUCAGAUUAGCUGCCAAAAAUCACUUCGGCUCCAGUAAUUACAGUGAAAUAGCCGUCUUCUACACAUCAGGAAACACACCUCCAGCACCGCUGCCUCCUAAGUUGAAAGAAGCAGGAGUCUAUCGUUUGUGGCUGGAAUGGUGUGCCCCAACAAACCCAAACCCAAAUGAAACUCUUACUUAUGUCCUCGAGAUGGAGGAACCAAGAUCUAGAUUCGGUUUUAAACCUAAAUACAAUGGAGUAAAUCUCUCCUGCAUUGUAAGACAUCUUCAGAGAAAUACUGCAUACAAGUUUCGGAUUUUUGCCUGCAAUCUAGAAGGAAGAAGCAACCCCAGCAGAGAAGUAAAAUAUUUUACUCGUCCAGUCAAGCCUAGAUACCCAAAGAAACCAUAUGUAGUGGGAGAAAUUCAAGCACGCCAAGUAAAAAUUGGAUGGGAUUCCCCCAGAGACAAUGGUGUGAUGCACAUUUCAAGUUACAGUUUAGAAGUCAGUGAAAAUUCAGAUGGUGCAAAUCUCUGGAAGAUAAUCUACAAUGGCACUCUUCAGGAAUUUCUGUACGAUGACCUCCAACCAGGCACCACAUAUAAACUGAGAGUCUUUUGCACUUCACCUGUAGGCAAAAGCCAGCCUUCUGAUGUAUUGAAAAUUCAGACACCUACUCUACCUCCUGCGUCUUAUCGCUCACUACCCUUAAACAGCAAAACCAAGUGCAAGGACAGAAACCUUCUCCUUGACAACCGAUCCAUUAAUCGGAACUUGGAAACAGUUAUGCGUGGCAAAAAAGCAAAAGGUCCCUGGAAUGACAGAAAGUAUCCAGGCUCUGUAAAGAAAUGUACACUUGGAUCUCCUUCAAUGAAGUGUGAAACUGUACCAGCUCGGCACCCUCCUUCUCAGUGUGGUACACCUGUGCUAACCUGCAAGGGUCCAACCUGUGUUGCUGUCAGUUGGGAGAUUCCUAAAUGCAAUGGUGCUGAAAUCACUGCUUACCGACUGCAGUGGGGACAAGUUGAAGAUUCCAUGCACUUGAUUUACACUGGCCCUUGUUUGCAGUACGAAGUCAAAGGCCUUAUUCCAGCAACCACGUAUUUUUGCAGAGUCCAGGCUGUCAAUACAGUUGGGGUUGGAAUGUUUGGAGGAACUGGAAAAGUAACUACACCGGGAACUGUACCCGCCAAAGUUCCAAUGUUACAAGAAGUUGAAGACAAAGUUCCUGCCAAACUGUCCUCAUCUUGCAUAGCUAUCCAAUGGGAGGAGCCAGACUGCCAUGGCUCUCCCAUCACUGGAUAUAACAUUGAGUAUGAAAAUAAAAAAAUCUUGACUGUUGAUAGAGUAACAGAGUAUGUUCUGAAAAAUCUACAGCCUAAUACUACAUACCGAAUCAGAAUUCAAGCUAUUAAUCAUUACGGACUAAGUCCUUUUAGCCCAUCAAUAAGAAGCAAAACCAAACCAAUACUACCCGCGCCUCCACAGCUUGAUUGUGUGGUCCAAGGACACCAGAGUCUCAGACUCAAAUGGGGCAAUACAUCAAGGAAAAAAUCACGUGCCAACUUUAUAAGCUACAACUUACUAAUGGAAGAUCGAUCUGGCAGAUUUUCUGUCAUUUACCAUGGGCCUGAUCUGACUCACAACGUGCAAAAAUUGAGUGAAUAUACACAAUACAAGUUUAAAAUCCAGGCAUGUAAUGAAGCUGGUGAGGGACCACAGUCUGAUGUCUACACUUUCACUACAACAAAAACCCCACCUGGUGCUCUUAAAGCCCCUAAAUUACAUCCACUAAAUAGCAACAUUUGUGAGAUCAAAUGGGAUUCCUUGGAGCCAAUUAAAGGUGAUCCCAUUGUUUACUGUCUUCAAGUCUUCACUGGAAAGAAAGCUGAACAGAUUUACAAAGGACCAAAUACCACCUUUUCCUUUUCCAACUAUCUUGCAAAUUCAAAAUAUCGCUUCAAAGUCUGUGCCGGACGCCAAUAUGAAAAUUCUGAUGGCAUGCAAGAGGUAUGGGGACCAUAUAGCUCCAGCUCAUUUUUGUCAACUUAUAAGCUUCAGUCUGGGUGCAGCAAAGGGAGUGGAGGGAAAAGAAGAAGCAAGCACAAUAGCAAAGAUAAAAAGCACAAGAAUGAAAAAAGUAAUCAGUACUAA